AUGGGUGGUUGCUUUUCUACCGUCAAGGUCAGUGGCUCAAAUAGCAACAACACAACCGCGCCCACGGCCAAUCACAACCGGAAACAGAGCACAGCAUCGUCACAAUCAACAACCACGCCGGCCAAGCAAGAACAGAGAAGGACCAAUAGACCCAAUGAGAUGCCCAGGAAGCAGCUUGCCAAUAAACCAAAAGGCAAGCCCAACUCCAGGAGGCAGACCGGGGUCAUACCGUGCGGGAAGCGCACCGAUUUUGGGUACGAUAAGAAUUUCGAUAAGCGAUACACGAUCGGGAAGUUGUUGGGUCAUGGUCAAUUUGGGUACACCUAUGUUGCUACCGAUAAGGCUAAUGGGGAUCGAGUUGCGGUUAAGAGAAUUGAUAAGAACAAGAUGAUUCUACCUAUCGCCGUUGAAGAUGUUAAGCGAGAAGUAAAGAUAUUAAAGGAGCUUGCAGGCCAUGAGAAUGUUGUCCAGUUUUAUAAUGCCUUUGAAGAUGAUUCUUAUGUGUUUAUAGUUAUGGAGUUAUGUGAAGGUGGUGAGUUGCUGGACCGGAUUUUGGAGAAGAAGGACAGCCGUUACACUGAAAAGGAUGCAGCAGUAGUUGUAAGGCAGAUGCUUAAGGUUGCAGCUGAGUGUCAUUUACAUGGUCUGGUGCACCGUGACAUGAAACCUGAGAAUUUUCUUUUCAAGUCAAAAGCCUUGGACUCUCCUUUGAAGGCCACAGAUUUUGGUUUGUCAGACUUUAUAAAACCAGGCAAGAAGUUCCAAGAUAUUGUUGGCAGUGCUUAUUAUGUUGCUCCUGAAGUAUUGAGACGGAAGUCUGGGCCUGAAUCAGAUGUUUGGAGUAUUGGUGUGAUUACCUACAUUUUGCUUUGUGGGAGGCGCCCAUUCUGGGAUAAGACCGAAGAUGGUAUAUUUAAGGAGGUCUUAAGGAACAAGCCUGAUUUUCGCCGCAAACCAUGGCCAACCAUAAGUUCCAGUGCUAAAGAUUUUGUUAAGAAGAUACUGGUAAAGGAUCCUCGAGCAAGGCUAACUGCUGCUCAGGCUCUAUCACACCCAUGGGUUAGAGAAGGAGGCAAUGCAUCAGAGAUUCCUAUCGAUAUAUCUGUUCUAAAUAACAUGCGCCAGUUCGUGAGGUACAGUCGUUUGAAACAGUUUGCUCUAAGGGCAUUAGCUAGCACACUUAAUGCCGAGGAGCUGUCUGAUCUUAAGGAUCAAUUUGAUGCAAUUGAUGUGGAUAAGAACGGUUCCAUUAGUCUUGAAGAAAUGAGACAGGCACUUGCUAAGGAUGUCCCUUGGAAAUUGAAAGAUUCACGGGUCCUUGAGAUACUGGAAGCGAUUGACAGCAACACAGAUGGGCUUGUGGAUUUCACUGAGUUUGUGGCAGCCACUCUGCAUGUGCAUCAAUUGGAGGAACAUGACUCUGAGAAGUGGCAGCAGCGCUCACGGGCAGCCUUUGAGAAAUUCGACAUAGAUAAAGAUGGGUUUAUAACUCCAGAGGAACUUAAAAUGCACACGGGAUUAAGAGGUUCUAUUGAUCCACUUCUCGAAGAGGCUGAUAUUGACAAAGAUGGGAAGAUCAGCCUAUCAGAAUUCCGUAGACUUCUAAGAACUGCGAGCAUUAGUUCGAAAACCGUGACUAGCCCGCCUGGUCAACGGAAUGCUAGGAAGGUGUAG